UGUUGCUUCAGAUUCAGUUGUGAAAACGAAGCUGCACGCGACCCGCGCCGUGUUUUCAGAGAGAGCGGAGAGCGUCGGACGUUUCCGAGCGCAGAAAGAAGGAGCGGUUUUGACUGAGGACGGAUGUUUUGCGGAGCGGCGUUUUAAACUGCCUGUACGGACUAAACUCUUGAGUUCACCGGUGUGAAAGCGAGCAGUAUGCAUUCGGACUGCAGGCUGCUAUGGGCAGAGCGGUAAUGGUGGGUAGGGGACCGAGAGAGGCCGGGCUUUUCUUCCUGUCGACUCUCAUCAUCCUCCUCACCGCCAGAAGCAGUCGAGCGCAGAAAGGUUGGUGUUGUUCGGUGCCACUUAAUGUAACCAUGUGUAAUAAAAGUGCUAUAAACUAGAUACAUAUAGACAUUACUACAUUCGCUUUGACGCAGUGUUUCUUUUGAAGUCUACUUUGUUGCACUCCGGAUAGCCAACGGCAGAGAUUGUUAUGCAGCUGCGCCUCAGCAAGGUUGAGCAGAGCAGAUAGCCUACCUUACAUGGCUCGACUGCUACAUUCUCUCCCCAAUCCCAAAUAUGUAGCCAGAAUCACAGACUGCAAAAGUUCCUCACUUCUCCAAGUAGUUUGGUAGUCAUUGAAAUUGGUUAUUUAAGUGUAUAGCAUAGAUAUAAAGGGCAGACCGGGCAAAAUAAACAAUAGUCAUUUGUGGGCAGGAUUUCAGGUGAUGAAAGAGAUAGCGAUAACACCAUUUGGUAGAAUUCUAACCGAGGGGGAGGGGUUGAAGUGGUAGAGGGGUAAACAGCCUCAACAACGUCUCGUGGCGGUACAUGUAGGCUAGUAACGAGUUAAAUAACAACAGUAUUUUUAACCCAACGAACAUGGUUUAGAAACUUAAAUCACUUCUCCAAUUGGCACUUGGGGACGUUUAUAAAGUUUUUUUUUUCUUUUGGAAACAUUGGUGGCAGAGUAAGGCAUUUUGGUAGGCGGUCAUUGUAAAUAAGAAUUUGUUCUUAACUGACUUGCCUAGUUAACCCUCCCGUUGUCCUAGGGUCAAAAUGACCCGCCACUGUGUUGAACCAACUUUAUUUAAUUUAUUUAAAGUCUCACUGCCUCCUUCUCACAAAUGAUCCCAAAAAUAUAAAAAUUAAAUAAAGUUGGUUCAACACAGUGGCGGGUAAUUUUGACCCUAGGACAACGGGAAGGUUAAAUAAAGGUUAAAAACAUUUAAAAAAUUGGUUAGUGUUGGUGUAAGCUGAUCCGAAAGCUGCUUCUCUCUAGAGAUCCCCUAAAAACACGCCACUUCGAUAUAACUACGACUUUUCUUUUGGUAGCAGGUUAUGAGAAUUUACGCAGCAGGUUAUGAGAAUUAACGUAGCAUGUAGGAUAAAUAGGUUGAGGUUAGGAAAAAGGUUUAGGGUAAGCGAAAAUAUUCUCCUAACUUGCUACGUAAAGUCACAUGUAUCGAAGUGGCGUGUUUGAACGGAGACCCAUUUUUGUCCAGUUCAUCUGAAUAAAAUGUCAGUUAUGUUACAUAACACCAGCCCAGCCGCGGAUCCUCUUAGCCCAUGACAUACAUUUACAUUACAUUUUAGUCAUUUAGCAGACGCUCUUAUCCAGAGCGACUUACAGGAGCAAUUAGGGUUAAGUGCCUUGCUCAAGGGCACAUCGACAGAUUUUUCACCUAGUCGGCUCAGGGAUUAGAACCAGCGAACUUUCGGUUACUGGCACAACGGUCUUACCCACUAAGCUACCUGCCGCCCAUGACGCAUGACUGUCCCCUGUUAUCUCUGGUCCGAAAACAAGCCCUAGCCCAUUCCCCUAUAGCUGCACUGUUUACCCCUCAGUUUUUGCACAUCUGUAAAGUGUAGCAAUAUGGGGCUGACUCCACCUAGCUUGACUUUAAAUGGAUUAAAGGACACGCCAUAUUGCGACACCUACUUGGUCUUGGGAUUGUUUUCGGAUGAGGCCUCUGACUGGGCCUAGUACAGUAUAGGACAGGGUCAAAGGUCAAGCCGAAAACCACAGCCCCAAUUGGCUUAAAUCAGCUGCAAUGGAUUUGUUCACUAGAACUCUGUUGGAAUCCUGAUAACUAAACUAAACAGUGAUGGUGAAAUCCUUACCUUCACCCUCUGCUGUCCAAACUACUGGUGUGUCAAAGUCUGAACAUAUCUAAUCCCACUGAUAUUUCUAACUCCAUAAUGUGUGUGUAUUUGUGUAACACAACCCUUAUGUGCAUAUACAUCCACCCAUUAUGUGUGGGUAGAAACAGUACAUGUAUGUCUCCCCUAAGUCACUCAGUGUGUGUGUGUGUGUGUCUACAGGUGAUGGCUGUGGCCCCAGUGUGUUGGGCCCCAGCAGUGGGACCCUGUCCUCUCUGGGUUACCCAGGGACGUACCCCAACCACACAGUGUGUGAGUGGGAAAUCAGUGUGCCGCAGGGCCUGAGGCUACACUUCCGCUUCGCUGACCUGGACAUAGAGGACAACAACUGUCAGGUCAACUACCUCAGAAUCUACGACGGUGUAGGACCCCAGAGGACCCAGAUAGGUGAGAGAGGGAUGGAGAUGAGGAGGGAAGGUGGGGAGGGGAUAGGGAAUGGCUCUAUUAUCUCCUAGGGGAAAGGAGAGGGGUGUAUGAAAUAUACAUAAUCAAUCAAUAGCAACCACUAUAUGACAGUAUGUCAGUAUAUGACAGACACGUCAAUAGAAUAACACUGUCUGUACCACUAUCUGAAUGUAGAUAAUAACCGCUAGAUCAGAAUGCAAGAUUAAGUAACUUACCCCUCUCCUCCCGACCACCAGUGAAGUUCUGUGGUCUGGGUCUGAAGGUUCCUGAGCUCAUCCAGUCCGGUGGGAACCGGGUCACCAUCCAGUUCAUGAGUGGAACUCACCGCAGUGGGCGGGGCUUCUCCCUGUCCUACUCCACCACAGAACACACAGGUACAAGGGGUCAACGGUCAUGGGGUGGGGUCUGAGCUGCAUCCUAACUGUGUGAACUGUGAGGUGAUCAUUCAAGCUGCUGCUGGUGUCCCAAUCCUCAGAUAUGACAAUGUCACCCAUUAUAGACCGCUGUGUUAACUCUUAGUUGAGAUUACAAUAGAUUGUUUUACAGUAACAUUGUGCCCCCAUGGCUGAUGGAGUUGCCUAGGUAACUGUGUGUGUUUGUAUGAUUGGGAGUUGCAGGGUCUCAUGUGAGUCCUAUUAUAAAUGUGUUUCUACUCCCUCUUUUUUCCCUUUCCUCCUCUACUCUCUCUCUCCCUUUUCCACCUUUUCCUUACUGGAUAAAUAACUAUUUUAAAUGUAUGAGACUGACUGUGUUGUCUGUAAGUGGUACCUCGUGCUGCUCUCUCUGUCAGGGUGUGGGAGAUAUAUGGAGUGAAUUCAGUUACAGGGAGAUGUAAGGAAAGUGAUCUGCUGUAACAUGACAGACAUGGAGCAUGCCUGGAGAGUAUUACAGCUGGCAUUUAUCUCCACAUAACUGUGUGUGUGUGUGUUUUAAUACUGGAGUUCUUAAUCUAGACAUACUGCAGCUCUGUGUGUGUGCAUCAUGCAUGUGUGGGUUUGUUUUUUGUGUGUCUACUGUGAGAGAGUAGUAGAGAGAGGGUAUAAGAAAGGGUACAGUGAGAGAUGGGAGGUGAAUAGAGAAGGAAGUUAAAGGAGCGUUAUGGUAGAGGGCAGAUGGAAGGACAGGGAGGCUUAGGCCAAGAUUCAAUCCGUAACGACGGUAUAUAGUGUGCUUGACAGUUAAUUUCCAAUUGAGCCGAAAUCUGCAUUGUUUACCUUGAAUGCGAUCUCCUGCGAAUGCGGUAACAUUGCUUUUAAGGCGUUUACAGACAGGCCGCAGUUAGCGGCGAAGGUCUCAUAGACUUCAAUGGGAGUAGGGCAGUGAGUGGCAAAACGCAAGUAGUUUUGCAAGCCGCGCGGUUCUUCGUGCUCACUACCGUGGACGGUGCUGAUGGCUCAGCGCUUGAGGCGCCAAAAUAUUAAAUUAGCUGAAGUCUUGAGCGGCUGCCGCGCAUGGUUGACCAAUGAGCAUAGUUCACCUUGUCAACCAAUCAAACAAUGUUUUAAUGACAACAUUCGAGCUGACAACAACUGGGACCGCUGUUCUCUACACAAGGUAGGUGGAUUUUCUCACGGUUAAAUUGUCGUUUACUGCAGCCCGUCUCUAAGCGCCUUUAAAAUCUGCAUUGUCUAUAAGCGCGAUUGGAUUGAAUCCCGGCCUUAAUGAUGGGGUGUUCUGUUGCAGUGAGAGUGUCAGAACAGUGCGUGUACGUAUCCAGAACCCUUAGGUGAAGCCCACCCUGUCCCUGUGUGGCUGGGCUUUGUCACACACCACUCCAAAGAGCUGUCUAUCUCUGCAGACUAGAGUGGCACAGACUGUGUGUGUGUGUUUAGAGCCAUUAGCGCUGUGCACUGCAGAUCCAGCGUGUGGUGACACUUGUCUGUUGUGUCAGGAGUCUGUCUACAUCGCCAGUCUCCCUGGAGAGAAGGAGAGAUAGAUGAGGGGAUGGAGGGGGAAGGAAGCUAGAGGAAAACUAAAGUGGGAUGCAGGGGGGUGGAGAGAGAGAAAGGUUGGAGAAGGGAGAAGUUGAGGGUGAACAGAGAGAGUGAGAUACAACAAAGCUUUUAUCCACAUCCUCUGAAAGAGGGAAAUCAAAUUACUGAAGAGAGAGAAAGAGAUGGGGUGAAAGACAGAUGUAUAUGUUAUUGCACAUUCAUAUGUUAGAGAGUGUUAUCAUCCUCAGUGACUGGAUGGGGAUUUCUAACCUUGUGGGCAUCCCCUCAGUGUUAAAAAAAACAAAAAACACUCUUGCUCGCUACAGCACACUGUGUGUGUGUCUGUCUGUGCGUGUUUGUUCUGCUUGUGUUCAUGUGCGUGUGUCUACCUAGACAGGGUGGAAUAGAGAGAGAGAGAGCUGAGUUAAUGUGAUUCUACAGAAUACAUUUCACCGUUUCAGGGUAUGAUUAGCAAAACACAUCUUCUACAUUACGUUAGCGAGCUAGCUUGUUUACAACGGGCAAAAGAGUUCCACGCGACUUGCGCUGCAGCUACCAACUCAGGUCCAGGAUUAGUUUCAGCCAGGGUUCGUUUGCGUUUCACACGUGCUUUAUAGAGCGGAUCAGGGUAGGAUCCAGAUCAUAAGGGGAUAUAAGAAAACGCCCUUAAUCUAUAAAUGUCUUUCACAGAAAAUAGAUGAUUUGCAGUAUGGGAUCAGAUGAGAUGGAGGUCAGUACCACUAAAUAUAUUAAGAGGGACAUUUUUGUUGUGCCGCAGAAUUUGUUAUCCCAUCAAGGUGUGCCAUGGUUCAAAAAAAGGUUGGGAACCACUGAGAUAGCUUACUCAAAAAUAUGCUUCAAUGGUAGGAUGCAUAUGCCUAAUCAAUGUAAUUCUAAGCUAAAUAUGAAUAAACAAUCUGUAUUUUUCUGGCGUUCCUUAAAUUCAGUUUGGUGCCUAACUUUUGGGAGCAAACCAUGUGGUGUCACCAUAUUGCUAAGUAUGGUGAUACUUGGCCUGGUAUCACAGCGUUAGUAAAAUGUUGGUAUUGUGACAACCCCUCUCUGGAAAUAGGCAAAUUUUCUUGCAGUUUACACAGAUUUUUUGCAUGUUUUGGACUGUCACCAGUUUGCAUCCCUGUUUGUAGAUCUGAUCACCUGUCAAGACAAGGGAAUCCACUUCACUGAGGCAGAGUUCACAAGAUACUGUCCUGCAGGAUGUCUGACCUCUGUUGGGGAGAUCUCUGGGACCAUACCCCAUGGCUACAGAGACGUGAGUAUAUGCACAGUACUCAUGGAAUGGUUUGUGGAUGUGCAUGUGCAUGAGUGGUGCUGGGGACUGAGAGAUGAGCAAGUCAACGAAACAGAGACAGACUGGGUGGGAACAGUGCAUAUGCGUGGGUGUGUGCAUCUUUGUGUGAGCGUAUGCAUUUGUGUGUGUGUGUCAGUGUUAGUCAUUGUGGAGGGCACACAGUUCCCAGGUGAUUCACACUGCCCAAUACCCUCCUCCACCAACCUGCUCAUCACUCAGCAGUACCCACCACCACUGCCACUAACCCACAGGAACUAACUGGCCACGCACACAGUCAUGACUCACUUCAUGGCUAUGUUCCCCUCUCUCUCUCGUUCUAUAUCUCUUUUACUCUCUCCCCAUCUCUCUUUUUCCAGUCUCAUUCACUCUCUCUUUACCCUGCUGGACCUUGUCUGUCCCAAUUCACCCCCCCCCCCCCCCCUCUCUCUCUGUCUCGCUCUCAUGAAGUUCUUUGUAAACAGGGCCUCUCUCAGCGUAUGCACAUCCCAGGCUGAUGUCCUCACAAUGCCCCGGCUGUGUCUGAGGUCAUGGGGGCUGAGUGAGUCUGCGGCUGAUGACCUCAUGCCUGGGCUGGUCAGGGGGCCAUGGGGGUGGGAAAGAGGGGAGGGAAGGCUAGAUGGGGGGUGUGGGUGUUAUCAAAGAGGGGGGGCCCAGGGGUGGCUCAGAGGCACAGUAGAGGGCAAGAGUGUUUGUGUGUAUGUAUGUGUGUCAGGGGGUGUCUCAGAGGCAUAGGGGAGGGGAAGGGAGUUUGGGGGAGGUGAGCUAAUUGUUUGGCCCGAAGGAACAGCCUCUUCUAAUCCAUUCCAGCUGGAGGAGGGUGCUGAGCGGACUGGUGUGUGUGCGUGCGUGUGCAUGUGAGCGUGCCUAUGUGGCGUGUACAUGCGUGCAGGCAUAUGUUUGUGACGUGUGGUGUGUGUGUGUGUUUCUGAGCUUGUGUAGGCGGUGUUGCAGUUUACAUAGCAGAAAAGGAUCCUGGGUUCUACAUGUUCAGCCAAACAGAGCUGUACGGGGUUACAACCCAAGUCAGUCUGACUUUGGUUUCCAUGGAGCAUUGCCAUCUGCUGCUCAUUGGACCACACCUCAUGUCACAGGGGGGUCAGUGCACCCCACCCAUCUCUGCACGUCUACUUUACUCUCACAUUCUGUCACUCUGUCAACUUUUUCAGUAGGAAUUUGUCUCUCUCUCUCUUGCUCUACCGGUUCUCCUGUUCCUUCUCCCAUCCCUUUGGGUUGGUGUGUAAUGUGUUGUAAUGAGUGAGAGAGUUUGUGUGUGUGUGUAAGCGGUCUGUGCUCUGAGUUGCUGGGUGUGGUGGUUUGGAGCAGUGCAGUGUGUUUGUGUUAGUGGUUUGGUUGGGUGCUGCUUCGGAUGUGGUGUGUUACUGGGAUGAUUUAGAGCUGAGAGGGCAAGUGUUCAGUGCCUGUGGGUACCUUGACUAUGUGGUGUGUGUGUGUGAAUGUGUAGAACGUGUCUAUGAUCGCACAAUGUGUGUGUGUGUGUGUGUGUAUGUCACAACACGGUGCCUUUGGUGUUACCCACAGUCCUGUCAGCUGUGAAACCCCAUGUGGGGCCUUUCCAGGAAAACCAUCCCACUUCACUCACCCAGCUGCCCACUGCUGGGAACUGUGGUCUCACUAAAUGUGUGUUCACUAGUGUGUGUACGUGUUUUGCCAAUAUAUGCAUGAAUAGAUCGAUUUUAUGAUGUCUGCAAAUUACUGAGUUAGUUACUGGAAAGCUAAGGGAAUACAUGAAGAAGAGAAAGGGAAAUGUUUAAACAAUCCAACCUUUUCAGUGAUCUUAAUAUGAUAUUAACUCACGGAAGGAGGGAAGGAAUUAAGGAAGGAUGUAUAUCAAAUUCAAAAAAAAAAAAUGUAUAGAGCUCUUUUACAUGAUGUCACAAAGUGCUAUACAGAAAUCCUGCCUAAAACCCCAAACAGCAAUCAAUGCAGAUGUAGAAGCACGGUGGCUAGGAAAAACUCCCUAGAAAGGCAGGAACCUAGGAAGAAACCUAGAGAGAAACCAGGCUCUGAGGGGUGGCCAGUCCUCUUCUGGCUGUGCUGGGUGGAGAUUAUAAGAGUACAUGGCCAUUAAGGCCAGAUUGUUCUUCAUUCAUAGAUGACCAGCAGUGGUUGUAGAGGGUGCAACAGGUCAGUAACUCAGAAGUAAAUGUCAGUUGGCUUUUCAUAGCCGAGCAUUCAGAGUUCGAGACAGCAGGUGUGGUAGAGAGAGAGAGAGAGAGAGAGUCGAAAACAGUAGGUCCGGGACAAGGUAGCACGUCCGGUGAACAGGUCAGGGUUCCAUAGCCGCAGGCAGAACAGUUGAAACUGGAGCAGCAGCACGACCAGGUGUACUAGGGACAGCCAGGAGUCAUCAGGCCAGGUAGUCCUGAGGCAUGGUCCUAGGGCUCAGGUCCUCCGGGAUGGGAGGGAGAGAGAAUUAGAGGGAGCAUACUUCAAUUCACACAGGACACCAGAUAAGACAGGAGAAUUACACCAGAUAUAACAGACUGACCCUAGCCUCCCGGCACAUAGACUAUUGCAGCAUAGAUACUGGAGGCUGAGACAGGGGGGGGCUGUGGCUCCGUCUGACGAUACCCCCGGACAGGGCCAACCAGGCAGGACAUAACCCCACCCACUUCGCCAAAGCACAGCCCCCACACCACUAGAGGGAUAUCAACAGACCACCAACUUACUACCCUGAGGCAAGGCUGAGUAUAGCCCACAAAGAUCUCCUCCACCGCACGAGCCCGAGGGGGCAAAAAACGGACAGGAAGAUCACGUCAGGGACUCAAGUGACGCACACGUCCUGGGGACGGCAUGGAAAGCACUAGUAAGCUGGUGACUCAGCCCCUGUAAUAGGGUCAGAGGCAGAGAAUCCAAGUGGGGAGAGGGGAGCCGGCCAGGCAGAGACAGCAAGGGCGGUUCUUCGCUCCAGUGCCUUGCCGUUCACCUUCGCACCCCUGGGCCAGACUACACUCAAUCAUAGGACCUACAGAAGAGAUUAGUCUUCAGUAAAGACUUAAAGGUCGAGACCGAGUCUGCAUCUCUCACAUGGAUAGGCAGACCAUUCCAUAAAAAUUUAGCUCUGUAGGAGAAUGCCCUGCCUCCAGCUGUUUGCUUAGAAAUUCUAGGAACAAUAAUGAGGCCUUUUUCUUGUGAUUGUAGCAUACGUGUAGGUAUGUACAGCAGGACCAAAUCAGAGACAUAGGUAGGAGCAAGCCCAUGUAAUGCUUUGUAGGUAAGCAGUACUUCCUAAUGUUUGAAACACAGGCUUCACCAUGUUUAAUCGAAAUGUACAGCUGAGUGUCGUACGCAUAGCAGUGAAAGUUGACAUUGUGUUUCCGAAUGACAUCACCAAGAGGUAGAAUAUAUAGUGAAAACAAUAGUGGUCCUAAAACGGAACCUUGAGGAACACCUAAACUUACAAUUGAUUUGUCAGAGGACAAACCAUCCACAGAGACGAACUGAUAUCUUUCCGACAGAUAAGAUCUAACCCAGGCAAGAACUUGUCUGUGUAGACCAGUUAGGGUUUCCAAUCUCUCCAAAAGAAUGUGGUGAUCGAUGGUGUCAAAAGCAGCACUAAGGUCUAGGAGCACGAGGACAGACGCAGAGCCUUGGUCUGACGCCAUUAAAAGGUAAUUUACCACCUUCACUUCAUAGAUAGAAAUCUAUUGAAACAGGCCUUGGAUCAGCAUUUUUUCUUCUUCAUAGCACUCAGGGUUCCCCCUGCCAGGAAGUGACAUCAUCGUGCCGACUUAUCUCCUGUUAUCUGUGGAGCUGAGGUCUGGGGACUGAGAGCUGUUCUUUGUGAUCUAUAUCAUUGUAAAACCUUAUACAAGCCAUUACUGUCACUCACUGGGAUAUAUGGCCUCUCAGUUGACACCGGAACAAUCCUAAACACAAGAUUCACCGCUCUCUCUCUCCGUCUGUCUCUCUCCUCUCUCUCUGUCUCUUUGUUAUCUCCCCCUCUCAUCAUCCCUCUUGCUCCCUCCAGUGUUCUAACCCCUUUUCUCACAGCAGCGAGGAUUCAAUUGACAUAGAAGUAAUUUGAUGAAGAUGGUCAUACAUAAAAAUGCACAUUUCUAAACACUCUUGAAUAGAUCAUAAUCAAUAUCUCCUUCUCCCUCCCUCCUCUAGUCGUCUCCAGUGUGUCUAGCAGCCAUCCAUGCAGGUGUAGUGUCUAGCUCUGUGGGCGGUCAGAUCAGUGUGGUUAGCAGUAAGGGCAUCCCUCACUACGAUGGCUCGCUGGCUAACAACGUCUCCUCCACUGUGUAAGUACUACUGUCUGUCUGGGAGAAUACAUCUGCUUUCUCUUCCCUUUCCAUCGCUCCAUCAUUAUGUCUAUCUCUCUCUGCCUCUCUCCAGUGGUCCCUUGUCCAACAGCCUCUUCACUUUCAAGACCAGUGGUGAGUUAAGCUACAAUACAAAAACAGACCAUGAUACCACCACAGCCACACAUGCUUCUGUAACCUUUUCAACUACACCUGCCACCACAAUCACUACCACAAUCGCGAAGACAGUCAUGUGUCCUCCCACUUGAAUACACUCAGUUUCUCUCUCUCUCUCUUAGGUUGCUAUGGGACACUGGGUCUAGAGUCGGGCGUUGUUAGGGACUCCCAGCUCUCUGCUUCCUCGGUGUGGGAAUGGAGUGACGUGAUUGGCCAGCCCAGCGAGUGGGGCCCAUCUGGGGCCCGCCUUAAAAGGACAGGGCUUCCCUGGGCGUCGGCUCACAGCGACCAGCAGCAGUGGCUACAGGUGGAUCUGAAGAAGGAGAAGAGGAUUACAGGCAUCACCACUACAGGCUCCUCCCUCCUGGAGUAUCAGUUCUACGUGUCAGCCUAUCGGGUCCUCUACAGCAAUGACGGACAGAACUGGAGCGCCUAUCGGGAGGCAGAUGCUACCCAGGACAAGGUGAACACCCCUCUCAUCAAUAACAUUAAAGGGACACUUUGCUUCUUGAAAGUCCAAUAUCUUGAAAACUUGACUGCUGACAUACAAAACAUUUUGGGAAUGUAUCAACAGUGGACUAAAGAAAGAAAUACUAAAAGAUAGUUUUGAGUGGACUUUCCCUUUAAGGAGAGAGGAAGCUACUUUAGACAAGAGUAGGGGAGCGGGGGGUUUGUGAGUUUGUUUCUAUGGCAACAGUGAUUGAUUGCGGUUGUUUAUAGCAGGAAACAUGAGAGCUGACUGUGGUUGUUAAGCGCUGUGGUCACUCAGGACAGCAGCUCAUUAAAGAUGGAUGGAGAUUGAUUGAGUGGCUGUGUUAGUCAGGAUCUGUAAUCAGGGCUUUUUAUCCUAUAUUUAACAGGAGAUAAUAUCACUAAGGUUAAAAAUCUAUUUUACAAGAGAAACCUUUCCCAAAAAGGUAGCAAUCAAACAUUUGUUACAAACCAUACAUAAUAUUAACAAUACAGUAGUCUUGUAGGCACAGGCAAGAUAACAUGAGAUAUCAUUUGGAAACAUACUGUAGCUUCAAUGUCUGUGUGUAGUGAUGACUGUCUCUCUUUCUGUUUCAUGACAGACUUUUCAAGGAAACACCAACUAUCUCCAUGAAGUACGCAAUAACUUCAUCCCACCAAUCGAGGCGCGGUAUGUGAGGAUGAGCCCUGCCCAGUGGCACCAGCGAAUCGCCCUCAAGUUUGAGCUGCUCGGAUGCCAGUUCCAUCAAGGUAACCAAACCAGCCAAUCAGAUGCAAGUCAGGUGUUUCGACUUUUUAGCCCAUUUGUGAAUUCGAUUUUUCUUGUGGGCAGUCGAAGGGAUUAUAUUGUCAUAGAAUGAUUAUAACUGUUCUGCCUAUUCUCCCAUUGGACAGCGAGACCACGGAUAUACCGCCCCCCUCGGCCUCCCACUCCCCCAGUGGCCACAGACACCCCCCCACUGUACGGCUUGAGCACCCACACCCCUGACAUCAGAAACACCACCAUGCCCCCACGCACCAGCAACGGUGAGGGAGGGAGGGAACAGAUAGAGGGAAAAUAGUUACAGUAUCUAAUUGUGCUGAUGAUUGUGAUUGGUUCACACUGGUUGUGUUGUGGUCAUAGACGUGGCGUUGGCAGCAGUGUUGGUGCCAGUGUUGGUCAUGGUUCUGACCUCCCUCAUCUUGACAAUGGUCUGUGCCUGGCACUGGAGAAACAGGUGAUGAUUAACUAUAACUAGUAACAACUAAAUACCCAUGCACUCAGUAGCUCCCAACAAAGUACAUUUACAUUUUAGUCAUUUAGUAGACGCUCUUAUCCAGGUAGUGCAUUCAUCUUAAGAUAGCUAGGUAAGAAACUACAUAUCACAGUUGUAGUAAGUACAUUUUUCCUCAAUAUUAAAGUUAUCAGCAAAGCCAGUGCUAGUAGGAAAAGAUGUGCAAUAAUUCUUUUUUUGGGGGGUGACAGAUGUCUUAUUUAAAAUAGUAUUUGAAGACGUUUUGAUGUAUCACACUUUCUUUGAUUUUCUCCUCUGUUCUCUCUUUCUCUCUCUCCUCAGGAAGAAGAGUUCUGAGGGGGCUUAUGAUUUACCUCACUGGGACCGUACAGGUAAACACAACACUCUCAGUGUGUUUGUUUGUGUGUGUGUGUGUGUGUUUAAUGUGUGUGUGUGUGUGUCUCUGUCCAGACUGGUGGAAGAGUAUGAAGCAGUUCCUGCCAUCCAAGAUGGCAGAGGGGGAGGAGUCAGUUCGCUACAGCAGCAGUGAAGUGGGCCGGCUCAGAGGAAGAGGGAACGCCCCUAGACUACAGGCCGAACCCGCAGGUAUACACACACACACACACAGCGAACUGAGUGUUUGUAUGUGUAACACACCCUCUUCAUCUCCUGCAUUAGAAUAUGCCCAGCCCCUGGUGAGCGGUGUGGUGACAUCACUAGGUCAGAGGUCAACCUUCAAGCCAGAGGAAGGUUCUGACCCUGGCUACACUGACCCUGACCUCUACGACGCUCCUAUAGCAACAGACAUCUACCACGCCUACGCUGAACCCCUGCCUGCCUCCGGCGCCGAGUACGCCACGCCCAUCGUGAUUGACAUUGCAAGCCACCUAUCAGGGAGCUCCUCGCUGAGCCAGCCAACCACAGUCUCCAGCUUCAUCGGCCAUGGCCCCGCCUCCCUGCUCGCACGGACAGACAGUGGGCAAUCGGGGAGGUCAAUGUACGACACACCCAAGAGUAUAGGACAGGCCAUGCCCACUGUGGAUCUAGCCUAUCAGGUGCCUCAGAGCAGCUCUCAGAAGCCAGCAGGGCAGAGCUGAAGGGGCGGAGUGAGGACUGUGAUUGACAGGGCCGAAACCAUAAACCACAUCCCCCAUGGACAGAGAGAGGGGGAUAUAACCCUGGGUCUGAGUCUGUAAAGAACACACUACCUUAAAGUGAGUUCACUUUGUCUGUAUGUGAGUGUGUCUACACAGGAGUCUGUAUGUACAGUAUGUGUGUGUUUACAUGUACAUGCGUGGCCGGAGAGUGCUAGCAUAGUGCCAUACCAGUCCUAUCACUGAAACCACAAAGAUGAAUGUCUACAUGAAAGAGAAAGAGGAGAGAUGGAGAGCUCACUACUGUUUCAGCCAGGCUUAGUCCACUCUGUCAAUGUGUCUUAAUUGUAUGUUUAGUCAAACUGUGAGUUUAUAUUCCUUUAAUUCCUUUCAUGUGUCAAUUUAAAAGUGAAGUAAUUCUCCAAAGAUAGGUUCUCUGAAAUGGUUGCCUUCUAUUAUAGGCAAUGUUUCUACCACUAAUGUGUUCUAAUAGUGUUCUCUGCAUAAAGGCCGAAGGUCACCUAUGUCUAAAGAGGAGUUUCCUCAUUUUUACUACGGUACGCUUUGAUUGGAGGCUUUUAGAUCUGUUAGUUCUCAAAAUCAGAUCUCAUAAAACUUUUGAAUGUAACCAUUCACCUUUGAACAUAAAUCUAGAGUGAAAUCCACACCAAAAACCUGUGUUUCUCAAAAUGAUUAUCUUUUAUUUAUUUUUCUUUCAUAAUUCCUGCUGAAAAGGACAUACUCUCACUUAAGAAAAGCAAAUGUUCCCAACCAUUAUGGACAGCGGUGACGAAUCCUCUUCCACACGGAAGGCAUCAAAUAAUUAUGGUUG